ACGCGUGAGAAGAUUGCCGCGGCAGCAGCGGCAAUUGGAGCUGCGGCGAGAUCGGGUGCGCAGUGGCGAUGCACUAGAGGCGGCAGGCAUCUGCGCGCCCAACGCGGCCGCUUUCGUCUCCAUGGCCGCCGACGACUUCCCUAUUCCAGCACGCAUCGAGGCGAUUUUCGCUGGUGUCGCAACCAGCGCCCACUGGUCCGCGGCCGACGAGGGCGACGCGUCCGAGCACGACCACUCCUUCCAGGAGGACUCCGACGGCUACCACCUCGAGCACAGCGGCGGUGCGAGGCAGCCUGCGAGAAGCAGCAGGCUGCGACCCGAGGCAGCCAGCGAGACGCAGGGUCUCGUUCGACCUGCGCGGCCACCUCGAGCGGCCCCGGGACCACGGGACCACUCUCACGGGGAGGACUCCGACGGCCGACUCGACGACAGCGACCCCGCGAGCCAGAACGACACAGAGAGCAACGCCACGGACAGCGAGUACGACGGCGAGACCACGUACACCGAGAACCACGACACCCCUGCAGGGAGGACGGCCCACCUGGCGGCCAAGCCUCCGCCCCGCUCCGACGGGAACCAGCAGCACGCCAACGGGAACCAGCAGCGCACCUACGGGAACCAGCGGCGCACCAACGGGCACCAGCAGAGCAUCGGGCACCAGCAGGGCUUCUUCAACCGCACUGGCGCCCACUGCGCCUCCCAGCACAACCACUUCCUCAUCCUGGAGGGCGCCCACCUGAACGGCGAGUUCAUCAUCGCCGUCGCCCCCUCGUGUGGCGAGCGCGCCGCCCUCCUUAGGUGGAGGAGGCUGGCGGCCACCGAGGGGGGCAAGAUCAUCGUGUUCGGCUCCCACAGGGAGUACCUCUUCUGA